AUGAAUGUAAACCCUUCUAAACGCCCAUCAGCAUAUCAGCUUCAUAAACACUUCGAUAAUUGGUUAAAUGAUGAGCUCUAUGCAGACAUUUUUAACAGUGCAGAUGAAAAAAGGGUAAACAAAGAUGAAUCCAAUUCGAAUAUCAGAAUAAAUGUAACAAGCACAACAAGCACAACACGUCAGCUAGAAGAUUUGAACAUUGAUAAAAAUAGAUCUGCUAUUUCACAAUUAAGUGACUAUAACUUAUUUGAUGUAAAAGAAUUCAAGUCGUCCAUAGGAAAUUUCGCAAACACCACAAAUCAUUAUACGUAA